UGAGGAAACAGGACAUCAUUAAAGUGACGGAGCAGCUCAUCGAGGCGAUCAGCAACGGAGACUUUGAGAGUUACACUAAGAUGUGCGACCCGGCUGUGACGGCGUUCGAGCCAGAGGCGUUGGGGAAUCUGGUCGAAGGCCUCGACUUCCACCGCUUUUAUUUUGAAAACUUGUGGUCUAAGAACAGUAAACCGGUCCACACCACCAUACUGAACCCCCACAUCCACCUGGUGGGGGAGGAGGCGGCGUGCAUCGCCUACAUCAGAGUGACUCAGUACAUCGACGCCAACGGGACGCCUCGCACCGCCCAAUCAGAGGAGACCAGGGUCUGGCACCGCCGCGACGGGAAGUGGCAGAUCGUGCACUUCCACCGCUCCGGCUCCGCCUCCACACUCAGCAACUGACUUCCAGAGUGGGCGGGUCUUUUCAUUAGGCCACCAUCGCCUUGACAACUGAUUGAUUGACAGCAUGCCAGGCGUGUGACAUCACACAGGAAGUGUUGAGUUUUGGGGCCAGACACAGCAACGAACUGCACCGUCAACCAAUCAGCUUCUUCUUCUCAGCUCCCUUUGGACUUCAGCCACGCCCCCUUUGUGAUCAGCCAAUCAGAUGCACAGAAUUUACAGACAUGUGGAAAUUAAAUGUGGAUCCCAACAUAUUUAGUGAAUAAUUCCUGCAUUACGAUGUUUUUAAGAUUAACUACGACUCGCCCUGAAUUUGAAUUAAAACCUUUAUUAGCAACGACAAAUAGAAACAAGGUUUCCACCAGAAAUAACUUUAUAGAAUAAAACCAUUGUAGAGACCGGGCGUUGCCAUGGUAACUGACUAUGAUUAGACCCGUUAUCAUGUGAUCACAUCCAAAUUCUAUUUUUUUUUCGUUUUUCUUAUUAAUAUUUUAAUCUUUAAUUUUUUUAUUAGUAUUUAUUUUCAAUUUAGUUUUUUAAAAUGUUCUUUUUUAAGUUCAAUAAUUAUUU